ACGACAUUUUCUUGUCACUGUCACGUUCACGUGUAACAAAUACGUCAUAUCCAAACUAGUCACUUUGGAUCACUCUCGAUCGACUUGGGGCCGAUUGAAUCGAACCCCCCUCGUGGCGUUAGUGCGUCUACGUAUGCGACGGACCUUAAAGGCAGCGCGAGGCAUGUCAUAAACGGCAAACCCGGGGGAGGUUGGUGGUGCGUUCGGGGCCAGUGAGGCGGUACCUUGCGAGCCUCCUUCACUCUGCGGUGCCAACGAGCUCUUCGGAACAGAAAUGGCGGAGGGGGAGUUGGAUGUGGACUCGUUGAUUUCCAGGCUUUUAGAGGUGCGAGGAUGUCGUCCGGGCAAGAUCGUCCAGAUGACGGAGGCCGAGGUGCGGGGCCUUUGCAUCAAGUCCCGGGAGAUCUUCCUCAGUCAGCCCAUCCUUCUGGAGCUGGAAGCACCGCUCAAAAUCUGUGGUGACAUCCACGGGCAGUACACAGACCUGCUGAGGCUCUUUGAGUACGGCGGCUUCCCCCCAGAGGCCAACUACCUGUUCCUUGGCGACUACGUGGACAGGGGGAAGCAGUCCUUGGAGACCAUCUGCCUGCUUUUGGCCUACAAGAUCAAGUACCCCGAGAACUUCUUCCUGCUGCGGGGCAACCACGAGUGCGCCUCCAUCAACCGCAUCUACGGCUUCUACGACGAGUGUAAGCGCCGGUUCAACAUCAAGUUGUGGAAGACCUUCACCGACUGCUUCAACUGCCUGCCCAUCGCCGCCAUCGUGGACGAGAAGAUCUUCUGCUGUCACGGAGGUCUGUCUCCCGACCUGCAGUCUAUGGAGCAGAUCAGACGUAUCAUGAGACCCACAGAUGUGCCAGACACAGGCCUCUUGUGCGACCUCCUGUGGUCGGAUCCAGACAAGGACGUCCAGGGAUGGGGCGAGAACGACCGCGGCGUCUCAUUCACGUUCGGAGCCGACGUGGUCAGCAAGUUCCUCAACCGGCACGACCUUGACCUCAUCUGCAGAGCCCACCAGGUGGUAGAAGACGGUUACGAGUUCUUUGCGAAGAGGCAGCUGGUGACGCUCUUCUCAGCUCCCAACUACUGCGGAGAGUUCGACAACGCCGGCGGCAUGAUGAGCGUGGACGAAACCCUGAUGUGCUCCUUCCAGAUCCUGAAGCCUUCCGAGAAGAAAGCCAAGUACCAGUACGGCGGCAUGAACUCCGGCCGACCUGUCACUCCUCCCCGCACAGCGCAGCCGCCGAAGAAGCGGUGAAGGACGACAGAAGACGACCAGCCUCAAGGGCGUCUGCUUCUCAUGGCGCACAAUUCCAUCAACUGUUUUGAAAAGAAAAAGAAAAAGGAAAAAAAAAGACACACCCCAAACAGUUUUUCUUUAUGUCCCACCGCACUGCCUUUCAUUGGCCCCGAUUUUCCCCAUUGCAUCUAUGUAACCUUCAAACAUUAAACAUGACAAUUAUACAAAAUGGA